AUGGCUUCCUCGAUAGCUUCACUGGCAUAUUAUGAGCUCUACCGUGGUAGCAGUCUUGGCCUUGCCUUGACCGAUACACUCGAUGAUUUGAUCAAUGAGGGGCGCAUUGAGCCCCAGCUGGCCAUGAAGAUCCUCUCGACCUUUGACCGUGUGGUCACUGAGGUCCUGGCAGACAAGGUCCGCGCUCGGCUCUCGUUCAAGGGCCAUCUGGAUACCUACCGAUUCUGCGACGAGGUCUGGACCUUCUUGAUCAAAGAUGUGACCUUCAAGCUCGACAACCAGACCACCGUGAGCGCCGACAAGGUCAAGAUUGUCAGCUGCAACAGCAAGCGCCCUGGUGAGGCCUAG